AUGACAACCUCAGCAACCCUCCCCCUCGUGCCCUCCGUCCGCCGCGCCCAUCCCAACGAGGCCGCCCUCCUCACCGACCUCGCCCUCGCCGCCAAAGCCCACUGGGGGUACUCCCCCUCGUUCAUGGCCGCCGCCGCCGCCGAGCUCACCAUCACCGCCUCUGACAUUUCCCAGUACGACAUCCACGUCGCCGUCCUCCUCUCCCCGUCAGAGCCCUCCCCCCCCGUCGGCGUCUACCGCCUCACGCCUCUGGCUGCCGCCGACGGGGACGGGUUCGACGGCGAGCUCAGCUACCUCUGGGUCCACCCGUCGCGCAUCCGCCACGGGCUCGGCAGCCUGCUGUGGGAGGACGCGAUGCGGCGCGCCGCCGCCGCGGGCGUGGCCCGGCUGUCCGUCGACGCGGACCCGCACGCCGAGGGCUUCUACGUGAGGAUGGGCGCGGAGCGGUACGGCGAGGUGCCGAGCAGGAGCGUGCCGGGACGGAUGCUGCCGCUCAUGGCGGUGGAUGUCGGAAGAGCGCUCGCGGUGAUUGAGGAAAGGAAGAAGGAGAAGGAGAAGAAUGCAGUCUAG